GGAUAGGGACGUCCAGGCAUUUGGAUAUGUGUGCUGUGUUUGUACGGCACUGGUUGAGUGCCAUGCUUACUGACCAAAGGAGCGAUAGAAAUAAGAACAAUAAGAAUAACACACGGUAGAUAUCAGACAGACGGAACCGUAACAACGUAACUCUACGUGUAAGAGUAAACUGCCCUAUCUUUGCCAUCCAUAGCGCCUAACACUAACAGGUUAUGAGCCCCGGCAUGCUGGGAAAGCUGCCAUAGUAGGUUAGGUGUUGGCUCAAGGACUAUAAUGCGGGUGCAGCAUUUAUAGUGACAGCCUUAAGGAUGGGCAUCGAUCUAGGGCUUGAAAGUAAACUGUGGCUCGAUGAGAAGAAUUGGGCAAUAUGGUCAAUGUCCAUGAAAGAUUUUUUGACGCUUCACGGUGUAAAUGUAGCGCUAGAGAAUCCGGACACGGCAGUUCCCGAGAUGCACAAGAAAGCAGCAGCAUACAUCAGGAACUCUGUGGCGUACAAGUUCCGGCUGCAGCUUACCAAAUAUGAGAGGGCAAACGAGGUCUGGAGCGCUUUGGAGAAGCUAAUCCGGCCUAACACGGAGACCCGGCUUUAUGAGCUGGACCUGCAGAUCCGCGACCUGCGCAAGAAGGACAGCGAGUCAAUUGCGGACUUCUUUGCGCGCUGUUAUCAGACGAGGGAUGAGCUCAGAGCUGCAGGAGGUACCUUCGAUGAGGGACAGUUUCGCCGCGCCAUCCUCAUGGGACUUCCGCGUGAGUUUCAGCUAACGCGAGCACUUCUGCUUAAGAGCGAUGAGAAGGAUCUCAACAAGAUGGAGCAACUGUUGCUAGAGCAGGAGCACACCAACCGUCACGACAUGCUAUUGGACAGCUCGGCAUUCACUGGCGCUGUGGUGGGCGCUCAGCAGCACGGAUCAGCUGCAAGUGGUGUCGAGUGCUUCUACUGCUUCACGCACGGCCACAUCAAGAAGGACUGUGGCGUGCGGAUCUCAGACGAGCAAGCCGGCAUCUAUCGCCGCAACAUUCGCCAGCCUGCCAGCUCGUCCUCGAGCGGCGGCGGCGGAAGCAGCGGCGGUGGUUGGCACGGUGGAGGCGGCGGCGGAAGCGGCGGCGGAAGCAGCAGUUCCGGUGGUGGCGGCAGUUAUGAAGGAGGAUACAGCGGUGGCUACGGCAGCAGUGGCAGUCGCGGCGGGGGACGCCGCGGUGGCAGGGGUUGGUUCGGCUUCAGGGGUGGUGGGAAAGGUGGCGGUAGCGGCAACCAACGUCCGGGUAAACAAGCCGUGCUGGUAGCGCAGCCCGUGUUCAGCGAGUGCGUGGCUGUAGCUAACUGGAACAGCAGUGAUUCCUACCCAGAUGUGGUCAUCAUCGACUCUGGUUGCUUUUGCCAUCUUACCUCACAGCGAGAGCUGUUACACGACUUCAGCAGCUCUUCAAGCGUAGCCAGCAUCGAGUGGGGCAACGGCGCCCGGAGCCCAGUCAAGGGCAUAGGAACACUGCGGCUUGAGAGCAGCACCGGCUACAUCGUACACCUUGAGAACACUCUGUACGUGCCGGAUUCCAGCCUUACGCUGCUGUCAGUGAUCCAAGUAAUGGACGCAGGGGCGGAGUUGCACUUUGCCAAUGGGAAUGUAGAGAUUUCCUACAACGGCGACGUGCUUCUGACUGGAUCGAAGCAGUGUCGGGCUAUAAUUGCUGAUGCACAGCUGCAGGUUGCGUGCAGCAGCUGCAGCAGCAGGGGGUACGCCGCAGGCAUCAGCGGCGGUGCAUGGAGCAGCUUGGAUUAUGAUCUUGGCAAGUGUGCCUACGGUAGCAACAGCGCAAGCAGCGGUAGCCUAGGCAGCGCCCUUCUCUGGCAUCGGCGCUAUGGCCACCGUGGCUUUCGGGCCAUGUCCGACAUGGCCAGGCAUGGAAUGGUGAAGGGGAUGGAUGCGUCACAGGAGGAGUUCGAGGCAGCGCAGCGCGGCAGCUUUUGUGAGACAUGCGUGACCGCCAAGCAGCCUCGGUUCCCUUACCCAGCUGGAGGCGAGAAGGUCAAGAACGCGCUGGAGCUACUGCAUACCGACGUGUGCGGCCCGCUGCCGGUUGAAGGAUUCGGCGGAGGCCGCUACGUGCUGACAGUACUUGACGAGGCAACGGCGCUGUCAGUGGUACGCAUCAUUUCCAACAAGUGGAACGUAGCUGAGGAGCUGGUGGGCAUCAUUGAGCUGUUGGAGAACCAGCAUCCCGAUGGAGGCAAGGUGAAAGGUCUGCAGAGUGACCGCGGCGGCGAGUACAUUUCGCAGGAGGUUGUAUGUUACCUGCGACGCCGUGGCAUCAUGCCGUACAAGUCUGCACCGUACAGCCCGCAGCAGAAUGGUUCAGCGGAGCGGCUUAAUCGGACGUUACUGGAGAGCACGAGGGCAUUGCUGCAGGACAGCGGCAUGCCGGCGAAGUACUGGCCUGAGGCGCUGGUAAUGGCCAACGCGCUUCGGAAUGCAGCACCGGUGGCAGGGCGUAACAAGACGCCGCGCGAGCUGUUCUACGGUACCAAACCGGACGUUUCCAUGUUCCGCGUCUUUGGGUGCGAAGCGUUCGUACACGUCCCGUCGCAGCAGCGCAACAAGCUGGAACCGGUGAGCCGCAAGGGCACGUUCGUGGGGUACGAACGUGGCAGCGAUGCUUGGCGAGUGCUAGUGGAUGGUCGCAUUGUGGUUAGCCGCAAUGUGACGUUCAACGAGCGCAAGAGGGGGCCGGCGGCGCUGCAGCAGAACGGCAUUGCGGAGGAAGAUGCAACGCUGCAUGGAGCUGGCAUCACGCUGCGUGACUUUGAGGCAGCGGCAGAACUCCCGCCGCAGCCUGUUGAGGUGCAGCAGCAACAGGUAGAGCAGCCAGCAGCGGAUCCGGGGGAGGCUCCGGAGGUGCAUGAAAUGGGCGAGCAGCAAGCAGGGAUUGCGGGGGAGGACGAGGAGCCGGCGGAGCUUCAGGAGGCAGCUGAACCUGCGGCGGCAGAAAUGCCGGAUGCCGGUGAUGGUGAGCAGGGGGAGCUGCUAGAUCCUGCGUCAAGACGAAACCGCGGAGUGGCACCUAAGCGGUAUUCCCCGCCACCCUUUAGAGUGGCUCGACCCGUCUGGUAUGACCACAUAAAUCAGUUGGCAGCAGCAGCAGCAGUGGAGGCUGCCAAGAGUAUAGCAGCAAGGAAGGUCGGGUCUGCGGACCCUACCACGUAUGAGCAGGCGAUAGUGGCUCCCGAUGCGAUGGAGUGGAUACAGGCCAUGAAUGAGGAGAUGGCAUCAUUAGCUGCCAACGGAACCAUGCGACUGGAGAAGCCGCCAUCGCACAUCACUCCUAUUGGUGUCAGGUGGGUCUACAAGCGCAAGUACAACGCUAACGGCAGCAUUGAGCGCUACAAGGCUCGUCUGGUGGCCAAGGGGUACAGCCAGCGUGAGGGCAUCGACUACACGGAGGUGUACGCACCAACGGGUAGGAUGGUCACGCUUCGCGUGCUGCUGUCACGAGCAGCGGCUGAGGACUUGGAGCUACAUCAGCUGGACGUGUGUACGGCUUUCCUGAACGGCGAGUUGGCAGAAACCGUCUAUGUGGAUCAGCCGCAGGGGUACAGCAACGGCGAUGACAGUAUGAAGUGCCGCCUGCUUAAGGCGCUGUACGGGCUGAAGCAGGCGCCGCGGGCAUGGCACGACAAGCUGAAGUCAGAGCUGGAGAAGCUUGGCUUCAAGCAGUCAGCGGCAGAUCCGGCGCUCUUCCUGAGGGACGACAUGGGCGGCGAGAUCGACCUGCUUAUGCACGUCGAUGACCUGCUACUUGCCGCUCCGAACGUGACCACUAUGAAACAGGUUAAGCUGGAGAUUGGGCAGUGCUUUGAUGUGCGGGACCUGGGCGAGGCCUCGUACUAUCUAGGCAUGGAGAUCCGGCGCAACCGCAGCAUGCGGGAGCUAACGCUUACGCAGGAGCGCUACACUAAGCAGCUUCUGCAGCGGUUCGGCAUGGAGGAUUGCCAGCCGCGGGCGACGCCGCUGACCAUGGCGGCGAGGCUGGAGCGUGCUAGCGAGGAGCAACCGGCUAUGGAUGACGGCAGCAAGUUCAGGGAGCUCAUUGGUGGGCUCAUGUACCUCUCCAACGGCACACGCCCUGAUAUCGCGCAGGUCACCAAUGCGCUUGCGCGGUAUAUGUCCAAGCCAACCGAGCAGCACUGGAGGUACGGGCUGAACGUACUUCGUUAUCUGGCGGGUACGGUGGGGAUAGGACUGCGGUUUAGUGGCAACUGUGCUGGGCACUUUGAGGGGUACUGCGACGCUGAUUGGGCGGGCGACCUGGACACGCGUCGCUCGACCACGGGCUAUGUGUUUCUGCACGGCGGCGCAGCAGUGAGCUGGAGCAGCAAGAUUCAGCCCACCGUUGCGGUCUCUACGGUGGAGGCGGAGUACAUGGCCGCAUCCAGUGCCACUCGGGAGGCGCUGUCAUUGCAGAAGCUGGCUCAUGAGUUUGGCAUGGAGCUGGCACCUAUUGAGAUCUGGUCGGAUAACCAGGGAGCAAUUAGCCUGAUCAAGAAUCCGAUUGUCUCCGCACGGUCCAAGCACAUUGAUGUGCAGCAUCACUUCGUGCGGGAGCGCAUGGCGCGUGAGGAGGUUAAGUUCAAGUACUGUCCGACUGAUUCGAUGGUUGCGGAUGUGUUGACGAAGCCGGUAGUUGAGAGCAAGUUUGUGAAGUUCCGGCAGAUGAUGGGAAUCACGUAGAGAGGAGGUAUGGAGAAGUACAGCAGUUUUUAAGCUGCUACGUUCUGGUUUGGGUAUAUUUCGUUAUUUACCCGUAGUUUAGGAAAUGCCUGUCCGCGGGGGAGUAUUGAUGGAUAGGGACGUCCAGGCAUUUGGAUAUGUGUGCUGUGUUUGUACGGCACUGGUUGAGUGCCAUGCUUACUGACCAAAGGAGCGAUAGAAAUAAGAACAAUAAGAAUAACACACGGUAGAUAUCAGACAGACGGAACCGUAACAACGUAACUCUACGUGUAAGAGUAAACUGCCCUAUCUUUGCCAUCCAUAGCGCCUAACACUAACAUGUUAGGUUUAUGUUGAGAAGUGUGCUGUCACCUUAUAAUUGUUGUGGAUCUUUAAGUCCACCUUGGUCCUGUGACCCAUAAUGGGUGUGUAAAACCACCCCGUGAAAAGCACUGCAGGAACAAAAUGGAGUUGAGUGGUGGACAUGAUUAUAACUGGUUGAAUAGAGCAAUGGCAACCUCAAGCAAGCGUGUACAACUUACUUUGAAGUGGAAAGUCCUUAAGUCUUGUUCCGCAACCAGGGAAGGUGAUGCCUUUCCUGGGUCCCGCUGGGAGAAUGAGGGGGUCACACGGCGCUGGGGUUCUCAGUCACCG